UUUUGUUUCCUUCUUUAUAUCCAUAAAAAAAAAACCCUUCUUUUAUCAUAUCCCUUCACAGUCAUUUUAAGAUUAAAAAGCAUGCGUCUUACACAUUCCUCUCUUUUAGCAAUUACUGCUAUCACCUCAACUUUAUUGUUCCAGCAGGUCAAUUCUGAAUCUCCUAGUGACCUUUCUUCUCCUGUCGUGCUUGAGUCGGCCCUGGUUGGUCGCAACAGCAUGUGGAAGAGCGAGAUUGAAAAGAGAUGCCGCAAUAAGUCACAUAAACACAAGUCAGUCACCAAAAGAUCAACAUCAAAGGUUCAUAAAAAGUCAAAGAAAUCUUCUACUAAGAAGAAGACUACCAAAAAGACUACCAAAAAGACCACCAAAAAGACCACCAAGAAGACUACUAAGAAGACUACUAAAAAAUCAUCUACCAAAAAGAAGACUUCUACCAAAAAGAAGACUACCAAAAAGACCACCAAGAAAACCACCAAGAAGACUACUAAGAAGACUACUAAGAAAACCACUACCAAGAAGAAUGCUGGUGGAUCUAGCAGUACCGGAAAAUACUCUGGUGAUGGUACCUACUAUGGAACAGGAUUAGGCUCUUGUGGCUGGGACGCAAAAGACACUGAUUUGAUUGCUGCUUUGAAUGCUCCACAAAUGAAAAAUGGUGCUAACCCUAAUAACAAUCCUCUUUGUGGUAAAUACAUCAAUGUCCAUGGUCCCAAUGGCAGCGUAAAGGUUAAAAUUGUUGAUACUUGUCCUCCUUGUAAAUCCGGCGAUGUUGAUUUAAGUCCUGGUGCUUUCGGCAAAAUUGGUGACUUUGCAAAGGGCCGAAUGCACAAGGUGGCUGAUACAAACUCCUCGUUAAUUAUCUUACACAGAAUCUGUAACAUAAUUAACCAGAUCAGACCAUGCAUUUUAAUUGUUCUGGUAACCAUGACGAUGGAAUCAUCUAUAAAUUUACGGAACCCCCUGUCAGACAUAAAACCCUUAAUGUUUGAACGUCUUCCGGAUCCCGUCACACGAAAAAGACCUUCUCGUACGCUCCUUCUUUCAUACUCACUUCGCCCUCUUGAUGCAAAGAAGUUUAAUUAUCUAGAAAGAUCAUGGUGUAACAAUAACACUAUGCUAAAACGAUCAGAUCUCUUUUUCGAGAUUAUAAACAGUCUGGGUCUUUAAAUUUGGUCCCUGACCAAAAACGAAACUUGAUUUGGCAGAAUGAUUAGAAGAACUUAACACCUCUCGGCAUAUUUCUUAUUUUAGGCCCCUAUAUUUUAUUGUGGCACAUACUGCCCUGACCGAGAUGGGAUCAAUUUGAAUUAUUAUUUUUGAUUGGGUGAGAAUGCCACGUGUAAUUCACCUACCUUACUUAAAUCUGCAAGGUAGAAAAUUCUCUCUC